CCUGCAGCAGCUCUCUGGCUGCAGGCCGCCGCGUCGGCCAUGGCGGGGGCUCCGCGCGCGCCGGCGCGGGGCGGCGCGGGGCGGCGCGGAACGGCACACGUGGAGGAGGCCGGUGGUACUUGCCCCCCUAGCAAUGACGGGAGCCGUGGCGGGAGCUGCCGGCUCCGCGUCGCGCUCGCGGCCUGCGCGGUGCUCCUCGUGGCCCCAGCGCUGCACGCCUGCCGCCGCGCCGCGGGGCGCCUGGGGCCCCGGGGCGCCGCGCUCUUCCUGCGCCGCGGCGGGAUCCAGUGGCAACGGCACGAACGCGCUGAUCGAGGAGCAGGCAACGGCACGGACGUCCUGCCUGCUGAUGCGCCUGCCUGCUCCUCGAGCGGAAGCGCGCCCUCCGGCAGCUGGAGGACGGGCCGGUGGGCAUGCUCUGGAGGCGCGGUGGCGGAUCGGAUGCGUGUCAGCGUUUUUACCUACCAAAGUCCAGCGGCGAUGCAGACGGCCGCUUCAGCGCACAGGUCGGCAUCAGCGUUCGUGACGACGCCACCGUGUGGGAAGAGCGGUCGAGCCUGUGGUUGCCGGGCAGAGAAGUCAAUAGCUCUAUGUUGUCGUGGCCUCAAGGUCGAAACGUAACACGGUUCCAGCGAGCCAUGACCUACGAGGAUGUGUCUGUGCCGCUUAAUCCUGCUCCGUACCGAUUCGACGGCUGGUGCAUGCCCUAUUUUAUUCGAACCCCUGUGCGCGCUGUGAAGAUCGACGUCGCCGCAGUGGGCACAGUGAUUACCAUGCACCCUGCAAUCUGGAAGGUGGCAUCGACUACAAUUUCACAUCUGAUGGGCAAGCCCCCGUUCUCGCGCCACCGUGGCCCUCAUGAUUCGCUUGGGCCUUGUCUGACGGGCUGGAACAGGAGCACAGCCGUUCACGAUGGCGGCUGCCAUAAACUUACUUCCGCGAAUCUCCAGGGUUUGAAUCCCAGAGCUACCGCGCUAGACCCAGUCAGCGCCGUGGCGUCAAUGGACGAGCUCAUGAAGUUCGCGUUCGUGCGCGACCCAUUCGAGCGGUUCGCCGCGGGCGUACACGAGCAUGGCAUGUGGAACGGCGCCAAAAUGGAUAGGAAUGUGAAUGCUGCGCGGGGGUUCUCAAGGAAUUUCGCGAGAUUCCCCCACGACUACAGGAAUUGCCCGUUGCCCACGCAGAGCUACUUCUUGUCCGCGACCGAUGACUCUGGAAAACCGAUCGACUGGGACUUCAUUGCCAAGCUCGAGGAUUUCGAUGCGCAGUGGAUUUCUCUUGGGGCGGUCGUCGGAUCAAACUUUUCAAAGCCGCAAGAGAUGGCAAACCCCAGCGGUAGCGGGGGGCUGACUCGGAGAGUCGUGGAUGCCUUGCGGCAGGACCUUGAGAUAGCUUGCCGGGUAUGUCAAGUGUAUAUUCAGGACUACGUAUGUUUGGGAUACACGGUUCCUGAGUAUUGUUGCGCUCGCAAGUGUGCGGAGGUGCACAUCGAUAUUCCAGACGAUUUGUUGACGGCUGCUUGCUGAUAUGGCGCUCUUGUGGUAUAGGGCGAGCCAUGCUUCAGUCACCUGUGCUGGAAGAGCUCACCGCACCGUUCCGAAUCUAUUUCUGGCCAUUACUACCUGCAGGUUCUGAUUAUGAUAAGCAGCUUGCUCACUUCUGGUUUGAGAUUCUUCCUCAAGCUCUGUCUGCGUUUGGUUUCUCAUCCUGCUUUUGAUGAGCUGCCCCUGCGAGACUCGAACUUCCGAUGUUCCAGCUGGCCCCGUUCUCGCCGGGGCCCUCUCGUCGGACCCCGCUACGUAGCGCCCCAUCGCUGCCGUCUGACACGAUACAGGCACAAUAGAAGGCGCGGGCGCCCCUUUGAAGGAGGUUGCGGCUGCCUCUUAGAAGCUGCUCCUUGCGUGCCGAGAAGCAGGCGGCUCGCUUCUGAGAAGUUGCUGCUGCUUCUAAGAAGCAGCUCCGUGCUUCUAAGAAGAGGCUGGGGUGCUUCUCAGAAGCGGCGCGCCCCUGGCGUCUUAGAUGGGCGGCCAGCGCACUCUAUAAGAUGCAGCCGCCUUCUGAGAAGCUUUGCCCCCUCCCUCUACCCCCCUGCGCGCGCCGUCAAGAUAAGUUUCCAAGGCGACCCUUCGGCUCAUCCCUUGGCCGCUCUCGCUGGCCAGCGCCCCCGUCGCAGAGUGAUGGCGUGGCCUUCCCGGGCCCUCGCAUCCUCCUCUGUGCGCCCUGACGGGUCGCUUGCGCUCCCUGGACCGACGGGGCGCGGCGCGGCGCGGCGCCUGCACCGCGCUCGGGGCGCCUUUGGGCGCCUCGCGGUGGCCCAUGGCAUGGCUGCGGGGGGGAGAGGAUGCACGGCUGCCUGCGGCAGAUCGGUCCGGCGUCCCUGCCCCGCUCGCCUCCCCAUCGUUGUGGAGGGC